GAUUGGAGGCCACCAUUUUGGCAAGCGGAGGUUCGGGGAUUAUUGGGUUGUCUCUUAGUUCAGCUGGGUGGUAUGGCGGUUUCUAUUUGAUUGCCUAGACGUUUGGAAAGAGAGUGGAGCCUUUUUCUUGAGAUGCUUCAUGCUGAGUGUAAGCCAAGAUACCUUGAAAGUCAGGAUGCAUCAGUAACUGAGCCUUGUUCUAAAAGGAUGAAAUCAACAGAAGAACCUUAUGGUAAAUCAUACGAUGGAUUGCAAAGACUUCAUGAGGAAAUACAUAUUAAAAAAACCCAUAGUGGAUUUAUUCCAUUGUCCCUACCUGAUGAUCAUGAGGUACAACAAGAAAAAGAACCUGCAGAAGUUGUGGACCAAUUUAACAAGGCAUUCCCUGGUAAAAAAAUAGUGUCAUCAGAGCCUUCAAAUUCAGUAAACAAGAGUGAAGGAGAGACUGAACUGUAUAGCACAAGCAAAGCAUUUAUUGGACCUCUUUAUAAAAAUGAAACCAGUACCCUACAUGAUCAAAAGAAAUUUGACAGCAGUUCUCCCAAACGGUCAAACACAACACUUGGUAGAAGUAAUAAGAAAAUAGUGGCACCAAAACAGGCUCUUCCCUGUGAUGUACCGAAAUUAGAAGAUGAAUUGUCCCAGUUUUAUAGUGAAAUUUCUCAGCUUGAAAGCAAUGAAAACUGUUUGGACAGUGCCUUGCAGGGUACUGAAACAAACUCCCAUAAACAACCUGUGGAACACAAUAAAUGGAAUCAAAAAGUUUGUGAAAGCUCUCAGGAAUGGCCCUGUAAAACAUUUCUUAAGAAUGGUGAUGGAUAUUCAUUUUAUAAUGAAUCAAAUAAUCACAGAACAGGCAGAGAACAAUAUCACUCUGGUAACUCAGGUCACAGAAGUGGCUUUCAACGAUGUUGUGACCAUGAAAGAAAUGUAAGGGAAGCUGAACAGUUAUGUAAUAGACAUGAAGGUUCUAGAUUCUACAACAGUUCUUUGGCUCAGCUUAGACCUAGUUGGCAACACACACAUCCAUUUAUUGUACCCUACAGCCCAAUACCUCCUCAGUUCCCUGCUCAUUUUAGUUUUCAGGAACCUAAUUCCUCAUUACUUCAUUCAGAUAUUUUCCAACACUCAAAUGUGGGACCAUUUAAAAACUCCCAUAUAAACAUGAGCAGUUCAAUAUCGGAUCAAAAUAGCGAGUAUGCUAAUCAUUUUGGUACUCAUACUGCGCAGACCACCAGAAGUGGAUAUAAUGUGCCUGAUGAACAUGUGGUUAAUGGUUUCUGUGAAACCCGACCAUGUUGGGAAGACAUUCGAUCAUACCAGACUGAAGGAUCAAACAUAGUUUCUCAGCAGUUUCCUGAGGACAAGCUAUGUGAGUCACAAAAGCUACUUCUAAUUUUAAGAGGUCUUCCAGGCUCAGGGAAGACAACAUUGUCUCAUAUUCUGCUUGGUCAGAGUCGUGAUGGUAUUGUAUUCAGCACUGAUGAUUACUUUCGUCAGAACAAUGGAUGUUGGUCAUAUAAUGUCUGUCAACUUGGUGCUGCUCAUGACUGGAACCAGAAGAGAGCAAAACAAGCAAUGGACCAGGGAAGAUCCCCAAUUAUAAUAGACAACACUAAUACACAAGCCUGGGAAAUGAAGCCUUAUGUAGAAGCGGCCCUAGAAAAAGGCUACCGAGUGGAAUUUCGUGAACCAGACACAUGGUGGAAGUUUAACCCUGAGGAAUUAGAAAAGAGGAACCAACAUGGGGUCAUUCGUGAGAAGAUUGUUCAAAUGCUGGAAAGAUAUGAAUAUCAAAUUUCCAUACCAAUUGUCAUGAAUUCUGUUCUGCCUUUACACAAAAUUUCACAAACACCACCUCCACAAAGAAGACAGAGGGAAUCAGUGGUAAAGAAGAAGCAUAGAUUACACAAGAUGAAACAGAAGAGGAAACGAAAAAGAAACAGAAAAAUGAAAGGUGCCACUAUUAAAGCAAUGGAAAAAAAGUCAAAUGGACAGUUAACUCCAAGUGAUGAAGACACAUCACAGAGUGAACAAGACGAAUCAGAAGACAGUGAAAAAUCAGUUGUGACUGGGCAUCUGAAUGUGCCUAAAGAUGUUGGUGAGGAUGGCUCUGCUAUUGAUAAUGAUUUAAAACCCCCUGAAUUGCAAAAAGGGUUUCUUGAUUCCAGUAUGGUGGAUCCAAUAACUUUAGGUAAUUCAGUCAAGACAGAUGCUCUUGUAAGAAUCAACAGUCAGCCUCUGAUCAGCUUGCCAUCUGUUCCCAAUGAAAACAUUCAUGAGCAAAAAUACAAUGAUCAUUUGCCAGACAUAUUUGUAGAGAGCAAGAGCAACAUUUUGGACUGUAACAGUGAAACAUCUCUAAAAAUGGACCACAGUGGAAAAGAAAAUGGUGCUUGCCUGAGUAAUAUGGAAAACAAAGAUACAUCUCCUAAUGUCAUGCCUGAACUUGGCUUGGAAAGGAAAUUGCUGAGUCAUGAGGAAGCAACCAUUCCUCAUCAACAUGAGACAUCAAAAAAUGAGAAAAAUACUUGGGCAUUCUUUUCUUUUGAUUCUACUGACAAUCAGCCCCCUGCUGACUCAGCUAAAAGUGAAUCCUAUUUGAUGUGGCAGGAAGAUACAUUUAAUAUCAUUUAUGAGCAAAGGCCAAAGAAGAUUAGAAGGCCUAAGCAGGUCAUCUCUGGAAAAACUGCAGAAUUAACUGAUGAUAAAUCUAAUAAAGAAUUCAGGAGAGGAGAUGCAGAAAUGUUAUGUGAAAAGGAUGGUCUAACUGAUUGUGCUUUGCCAUCACCACUGACUGAGAGCAUCUAUAAUGUACCAUGCAUUGAAACAAAUGAAUUACCCCCUGAAUCUGAAACUAAAGUCAGUAUACCAAAUGAAGCAAGAUCAUUAUCAUCAGCAAGAAAACAGAGAAGGUGCAAAAGAAUAUUCAAGCUGGCCCCAAACUUCGAUAUACCCAGGCAGAUUCCUGCUAGAAAGGAUGAGGCAGUCUUAAAAUAUGUACAUGUAUUGACAGAGCAAGAAGACAUUUCAAAUGAAGAAACUGGAAAAGAGAAUAAGCAAAGCCUUGGUUGCUUUGAGUGUCCAUCGCUUUCUAGUCAUGAUGUAGUAGUAACAUCUUCUCAUCUAGAUGUAGAACUUCUCUGCUAUAACUGUUCCAACCAACCUACAGAACAAUGUCAAUUGAUGGACUUUUCAGCAGAAGCGGCCACUGUUCCUAUCCAGAUAUGUACUUCUGCUUCGUGUAAAGCUUCCAUACCUACUGAAGAACAAAUCGUUGCUUUUGAUCAAACUUUGUUAGUUAACACAGAGAAAGAAAGAAUGAAAAUACCUCCAGAUGCUUCAACUACUCAGCCAGAUAUUUUGUGUUCAGUUAAAACAAUCACUGAAUACCUUACAGACCCUGCUGCUGAAAACUUAGAAAAUAUACAGCAAGUUAAUGAAACUGAAAAUACAAAGUAUUCUCAAAUCAAAGAAGAUAAAGCUCAUUUAAAUACUAAACCCAAUUUUUUGGGGCUUCCUUUAUCACAAGGAUUUGCAGUUCAGCUAGUAGAACUUUUUGGUUCCCCAGGAAUUCCAUUGGAUGCUUUACUACCAGACGAUUAUGUAGUUCCCCUUGACUGGGCAACAUCAAAGGAGAUCUAUUUACAGUGGAAGACUUCUGUGGAGAAGAAGCAGAAAAACAAUGUACUGAAAGAAAACAGUUCCUUGCCUGCUGAUGGAACUGCCUUGGAUUAUUCAAAUAAAGAUAGUCAAGAGAGGCAAGAAUCUUCUGAAGUAAACUCGCAAAGGCACUUGAGAGAAGCAUCAUUACUUUGAUCAAUUCUUUUUAGAUGCCUUCUCUAAGCAACAGUGGUGGCCUGUCCUGAAUUUUUUCAGAAAAAUUAAUGUCAACAUUUUGUGCUGAAAGAAUUUAUUCAAUUUUGCCUUUGCUGCGGAUGGACUUCAGUUAACAGCCAGCUAGAAUAAAUGCAAACAAUUAGAACAAUGAGAAUUCAAACUCUAAAUGUUGCUGAAUUCAUGAUCCAGUCAUGCUGCUGUUUUUCAUCCACAUAGCCUCUGAAUUUUGUUUUGAAAUAAAGUUAAACUUGAACAAU